AUGGGUGGCGUCGCUGCCUCCUCCUCGCCCAACGGCGUCUCCGUCGGCGAGACCAAGCUGCUCUCCAAAGCCAAUGUCCGACCCAUCUUCUUCUGCGCCCUCGCCGUCGUCGGUGCCAUCCUCUACGGCUAUGACGGCACCUACUUCACCGGUAUCCUCGAGAUGAACCGCUUCAAGCGCGACUUUGGUGUUCUCAACGACCGCGGCGAAUACUACAUCCCUUCCAACGACCAGUCGCUCUACGCCUCGAUCGUGCAGGCCGGUGAGGUCGUCGGCUCGCUCGUCGCCGCCCCUCUCGGUGACUACGUCGGUCGCCGCGGCGGUUUCUUCGGCGCAUGUGCCCUCGUUACUCUCGGUGUGGUCCUCCAGCUCGUCACCAUCGGCUCCAAGGCACUCCUCACCCUCGGCCGAGGUGUGCUCGGCGCCGGUGUCGGUGUCAUCUCCAACUGCACGCCCCUCUACCUCUCCGAGAUCGCACCCACCGCUAUUCGAGGUGCCAUCGUCUCGUCGUGGCAGCUCAUGCUCGCCAUCGGCCAGGUGAUUGGUGCAUGCAUCGCCCAGGGCACCAAGGAUAUCGAUUCCACCUGGUCCUACCGCAUCCCGAUCAUUUUCAACCUCUUCUUCGUUGCCAUCCUCGUCGGCGCCCAGUUCAUCAUCCCCGAGUCGCCCCGUUGGCUCAUCCAGAAGAACCGUGACGAAAAGGCACUCGCUGCGCUCAAGCGCGUCAACAAGGGCCAGAACGACGACGUCCGCGACAAGGUCAUCGCGCUCGAGUACAACUCGUUCCGUCAGGCGCGCCAGGACGAACUUGAGCUCUCGGGCGAGGGCGGCUGGGGCACCCUCUUCCGCGGUGUAGAACUGCGCAAGUUCAUCUGCGUGCUCGGCAUUCUCAUCGGACAGCAGAUCGGCGGUGUCCAGUUCAUUUUCUCGUACACCGUCACCUUCAUGACCGCCGUCGGUCUCAAGGACGCCUUCAUCAUCACCAUCAUCGUCGAUGUCAUCGAGGUCGUCGGUGUGCUCUGCUCCUUCCUGCUCGUCAACCGCUUCGGCCGCCGACCGCUCAUUCUGUGGACCUCGGUGCCCAUGUUCAUCGCCCUCUUCGUCGUCGCAGGCAUCGGCACCAAGGGUCUGCCGCCCCAGGGCGAGUCCCUCCCCUACCCGGGCGUCAUCACCGUCACCCAGGGCCGUACGAUCGCCGCCAUGAUCUGCAUCUACGUCUUCUUUUUCAAUCUUGCUUGGGGUCCUCUUGCUUGGGUAGUGGCGAGCGAGCUUGCAGUUGGCAAGAACCGCAGCAAGAUCAUGUCGGUCGGCACGGCAUGCUUCUGGGUGAUCGCCUGGGCCGUCACUUUCACCCUGCCGUACCUCUUCUACAAUGCCGGUCUUGGCGCUCAGAUUGGAUGGAUCUACGGUGUUGGCACUCUCAUUGCCAUGACCUUCGUCUACUUUUACAUCCCCGAGACGUUCGGUCGCUCGCUCGAGGAGAUCAACGAGAUGCUCGAGGCCGAUGUGCCCACGCGCAAGUGGACGACGUACAUGACGCAGUCGGAGAGGCUCAUGAUCGACCAGAGCAGGCAGAUGGACGAUAACUCUGCGGCAAGCACCAACCCAACAGAUCUUUCGCCCACUGCGUCGCUCGGCGACGACAAGAAGGGCGUGGACGCCAAGGGCUCUGGUGCCGCUUCGCAGGAGUCGAACCCCACGCGCCUUGGCACUUCCGACGUCGCCUAA